CCGGGCUGAGUGCUCAGUCAGCACUUCUCUCGGUGAUCCCCGACACACACACACACACUACCUGCUGCUUCUCACACACACUCACACACUCACACACACACACUCACACACACUGAUGAGUGCACGUCUCGUCUGCGCGCACCGCCGGCUCCUGCAACCUGCAGAGUUCACCUGAACGCGCAAAGUGUGGACCAGAACUACUAAACGAUGCGUGCAAAUUGCGUUAUGCGCUACCGCAGGUUAUUAUUGCUACUUUUGCGCUCUUUGAGGAGGUAACGGGGAAGGUGUGAGCUUUGCAUGCCAACAUCAUGGAUUGCCUUUUCCUUCUGAUAUGGACUUUCCCCAUCCCGCUGGUCGGAUGCACUGCUUCAGUCAAGCUGCUGUCCACCUUGUUGUCCUGGAAUAUUAUAAAGACGCUGCAUAUUUACUGCUCCCACACCGUAUCGGCCAGCCACAGCCAAGGAUUAAAUCACGAUUAUGUGUUUGUGACCCCGGUUGAAGUAGACCCUGAGGGGAUCUACGUGAGCCACGAUGUGACCAGACGAGGCCAUCGCAGCAGGAGGUCCCUCUCUACGUCUCUGCACUACCAGCUCUCCGCCUUCGGUCGGAACAUGCACCUGGACCUACAUCCGUCCUCCGUGGUUGGACCGGGGUUCACGGUGCAGACCUUGGGCUCAGGUGGCAUCUCCACGGUGAUGAAUGAUGCAGGAUAUCACAGCUGCCUGUAUCAGGGAUUUAUCCGAAACCUGUCCUCCUCCUCGGCGGCCAUAUCAACAUGUUCUGGGCUGUCAGGUUUGAUCCGUGUGUCUCAGGAGGAGUAUUUGAUCGCCCCACUGCCGCAGCAUCUGGCUGAAAAACACAACUACAGCGCCCCAGCGGGACACCACCCACACGUGGUCUACAAACGCUCAGCAGAACACAUGGUUCAUCCUAGAUCUGGCAACCCAUCAAACACCAGUUCUUCCAGACCUGAUAACCCAUACCUUCACCAGUAUCGUCAGCAGCCGCAUCACCAUUCCUACCUGCAUGAAAAACUGCAGAGGCAACACUUCUGUGGACGCCGCAAGCAAUACGCUCCCAAGCCUCCCACCGAGGACCGUUUCAUCAUGCCUGAUGAGUUCGCCGUGCCCGAGGUCGAAGGGCCAGGAAGGGCAAAAAGAUCUCCCAUCAACUCCAACAGGGUGGGGGGGCUGAAUGUGGAGACCCUGGUGGUGGCAGACAGGAAAAUGUUGGAGAAACACGGCAGGGACAACGUCACCACUUACGUCCUCACUGUCAUGAAUAUGGUUUCCAGUCUUUUCAAAGAUGGCACUAUUGGAACAGACAUCAACAUUGUGGUGGUCAGCUUGUUACUACUGGAACAGGACCCACUGGGUCUGACUAUAAAUCACCAUGCUGACCAGUCGCUCAACAGUUUCUGUCAGUGGCAGUCAGGUCUGGUGGGGAAAGGCGGUAAACGGCACGACCAUGCUGUUCUUCUUACCGGUCUGGACAUCUGUUCCUGGAAGAAUGAGCCAUGUGACACCUUGGGCUUUGCUCCCAUCAGUGGUAUGUGCAGUAAAUACAGAAGCUGCACCAUCAAUGAGGACACAGGGCUCGGCUUGGCUUUCACUAUCGCUCAUGAAUCUGGACACAAUUUUGGGAUGAUCCAUGAUGGGGAGGGGAACCCUUGUCGAAAGACUGAAGGUAACAUCAUGUCUCCCACACUGGCUGGAAACAACGGGGUCUUCUCCUGGUCCACCUGCAGCCGACAGUACCUCAGCCGCUUCCUUGGAACAGCCCAGGCCUCUUGUCUGGUGGACGAGCCCAAGCAGAUCGGUCAGUAUAAGUAUCCUGAACAGCUCCCGGGGCAGCUGUAUGAUGCAGACACACAGUGCAAGUGGCAGUUCGGCUCCAAAGCCAAACUCUGCAGCCUUGAUUUUGUUAAGGACAUCUGCAAGUCACUGUGGUGUCACCGCACAGGGCACCGGUGUGAGACAAAGUUCAUGCCUGCUGCAGAGGGCACCAGCUGCGGUCCUGACAUGUGGUGUCGGAGGGGACAGUGUGUAAAAUACGGGGAACAUGGUCCCAGGGCGGUGCACGGUCAGUGGUCCGCCUGGUCUCAGUGGUCCGACUGCUCCAGAACCUGUGGAGGAGGUGUCAUGUACAGGGAGCGCUCCUGCACCAGUCCAAGGCCACAGAACAAUGGUAAAUUUUGCCCUGGCUCCAGCCGUCUUAACCAGCUGUGUAAUACCCGGCCGUGCCCCCUCAAUGCUGUGGACUUUCGGGCUCAGCAGUGUGCCGAAUACAACAGCAAGCCCUUCAGAGGCUGGUACUAUAAAUGGAAGCCCUACACUAAAGUGGACGAUGAGGACAUAUGUAAGCUGUAUUGCAUUGCAGAGGACUAUGACUUCUUUUUUGCCAUGUCCAGCAAAGUCAAAGAUGGAACUUCCUGCUCUGAUCACAGAGAAGAUGUCUGCAUCGAUGGAAUGUGUGAGGGUGUGGGCUGUGACCAGAUUCUGGGUUCCAAGGCCUCUUUAGAUGCCUGCGGAGUCUGUAAGGGAGACAACUCCACUUGCAAGUUCUUCAAGGGCCAAUACACCCUCCAGCACAGAGCUAAUGAGUAUUACUCCAUGGUCACAGUCCCCGCUGGAGCUCGAAGCAUUCGAGUUCAAGAGAUGGAGGUUUCCACCAGCUACCUGGCUGCCCGCUCACUAAAGAGGAAGUACUACCUGACGGGUGACUGGACCGUGGACUGGCCAGGGAAGUUCCACUUUGGUGGGACUGUGUUCGACUACCAGCGUUCUUUCAACAAACCGGAGAGCCUGUAUGCUGCUGGACCUACUAAUGAGACGCUGGUGUUUGAAAUCCUUCUGCAGGGGAAGAACCCGGGUGUGGUUUGGGAGUACACCAUGCCUCGCACCGAGAGGAAACCUGACUACAGCUGGGGUGUGGUUCGCUCUGACUGCUCUGCUCCCUGUGCUGGAGGUCGAAUCUCCACUAAGGCUAUCUGUCUGCAGGACCAAAAGGUUCAAGUCAAUUCCACUAUGUGUAAUCCCCACACCAGACCAACACUGGGCUCACAUCUCUGCAACACUCAGCCCUGCCCCGCAUAUUGGUCGACCGGAGACUGGGGAUCCUGCAGUCGCUCAUGUGGAGGAGGUCAGCAGACCAGGACGCUGCGGUGCUUCAGGAAAGUGACGUACCAGAGGGAGGAGGUGGUGGCGCACUCCCUCUGCCCCGUCAUCUCUCCUGCUCAGAUUCAGCCCUGCCACACCCAGGUCUGCCCACCUGAGUGGAGCACCGGAUCCUGGUCACAGUGUUCCAAGACCUGUGGCCGUGGUCUGAGGAAGCGGAGUGUGUUUUGCCGCAGCACUGAUCCUGGAGCCAAAGCUGUAGUGGUGCCUGACAGCAUGUGCAGACAGCAUCACAGACCCAAAGCCCAGGAGACGUGCGUCCUGCGGCGCUGCCCGAAGAACGAAAGGCUGCAGUGGAUCCCCACUCCCUGGGGAGAGUGCUCCAGGUCUUGUGGCUCCGGCGUCCAGAGGAGAGAGCUCCGCUGUGGGGAGAGGGAUUCACAGGGAGGAUAUGUGGAGUUCCCUGUGCGGAGAUGCAGGAAUAUGGCUAAACCUUUGGUGGACCUCCAGCAGGCCUGCAACCGAGGCCCCUGCCCAGAGCUCCCGCGGGUCAUUCCUGGCAGAACCACUUCCAGUGCUGUGGUCUUAGGCUGGUAUUCAUCUCCCUGGCAACAGUGCUCGGUGUCAUGUGGCGGGGGGGUCCAGACUCGCUCCAUCCAGUGUCUCCGUCAGGGUCGCCCUGCAGCUGGCUGCUUACCCCACCAGAGACCUGUCACUUCGAGGGCGUGCAACACACACUUCUGCCCCCCUGCCCCCCCGGCCCCGGCCCAGCGUCCUGGAUGGAUCACAGCUCCUGGACUGCCACGGAAAGAUGAACACUGUGUGGACCAUUUCAGCUGGUGCCACCUGGUCCCACAGCACGGCGUUUGCAACCACAAGUUUUAUGGACAGCAAUGUUGCAAGUCCUGCUCCGGUAAAAGGCCGUAGAAUUCUACCCCCCCACCCCAUCCCCGCGUCUGCAGUGACGGGCUACAUCGAAGGAAAGAGACCACACGGACCGCUCACGAUGGUCGUUACCCACAACACACAGAACUGCAGAACUGCACUCCAUGCCGUGUGUUUUGUCCUGGAGUACUUGACUAAUGAAUUUUAUAAAGAAGGACAGACAACCCACUGACUUUUCUAUUGCGGAAAGCAAUGUGGAUGCUGGUGCUCACCAUCCAUGUGAUUGAUGUCACUGGAAUGGGAAAGACUGGAAAAAAAAAAGCACCCACAGAUUUGUUGGUGAAAUAUAUAUAUAUAUAUAUAUAUAUAUAUAUAUAUAUAUAUAUAUAUAUAUAUAUAUAUAUAUAUAUAUAUAGUUGAGUGUUUUCCUUGAAACCUCUAAAACUACAAGCCAUCAAAAGAACAGUUAAGGACAAUAGCGUUUUUAGCUUGCUUAUAUGUUAUAUAUUUAAAGGCAUCUGGUAUCAUAUGCCUUUAUUUAAGUUAUUAUGGUCGUUAAUGUAUAAUUUUACAUUUUGUCAGUGCAUCUGUGACAUGUUAUUUCUAUGUUUGGAUUGUGCCAUUCACCCUUGGGUCCAUAUUAUGAGAUUUUACAUGAGGUGUUAGUAAUCGGUGGUGUUCUACACUUCUCCCUAAACACACGCUCCGCUUGUCAUGUUUGCUGCUGCUGAAUCAAACCGGGUCACUUUUUCCCUGUGCAUUCCAUUCAUGUUAACUCUAUGAAAACAUAAAUGUAUGUAAAGACAUUUUAUUCAGU